CAGUUAAAUUCAAGUAAACAUUGGCAACCCUGUGUGCGGCGACUUAAUUGCGAACAUACGAACCGACGAAGAGGCAAAUCAAAAGAAGCAGCAGCAACAGCAGCCAACAGUAGUAGAAAAGCGUGGAAAAGUGCAGAUAAGUUUCAAGUUGAGUUUUCGUAUAGAAAAUAUCUUGGGGGAAAACAGGCAAAAAUCCUGACGCAGCUGAUUCAAGCGCCAGAAAAAUUGUGUGUGGCGAUCAGUGUUUGAGUGUUGAGCCUGCACAUUUGAUUUGCUAAAGCUAAAGCGUACAAAUUGUUUUGCUAUAAGCUAAUAGCGGCAGUGGUUCUUGUACAGAAUACAACGCGUAUAGGCAGGCGAAAGCAAAUAGAGCCUACAAAGACGACCACCAAAAGAACACAGCGUACAGGAGGAAAGGCGAGCCACCAUAUAGCUGGCUAGCGCGAUUGCACCAACAACGACGACGACUACAGCAACAGCAACAGCGGUCGACAACUGCUUUUGGUGCUUCUUUUUUGCAUUUUGUUUUAUUGGCGCAUACACCCGUCUUGGCAGUUAACGCAGCAACGCGUGUGUUUGUGUGUGGGGGAGAAAACAACUAUAUAGGAAAGUCAGCAGCAGCAGCAAAGGAGCAUAACAUUCAGAUUUUCAAGUCGACUGACUACACGGUGUGUGACAGUGUUUAACAUUGAAUUAUUAAUUUGUUAAGACAAGAAAAACUAAAAAGCGCGACAAGAAGCUAUAUUUGAAUACAUAGUAUAAUAACGCAGUAAUUUUGAAAAUCUUAACAACUUGGAAGUGUAUAAUAUUGUAACACACUCAAAAAGGAGCUGAAAUUGCAACAGCAGCUGAGAAUUACAAGUGAAAAAGUACGACGAGUGCAUCAGAAACAACACAAAAAAAAAACAUAAAAAUAUAAAAUGGAAAAGAGAAUAGAACUGGAAAGACGCGCACGCAAAGCUAAUCAGAUCACAGAUUUGAAUCUGGAUAAUUGCCGGAGUACAAGUAUUGUGGGCCUUACAGAUGAGUACACUGCGCUCGAAUCGUUGAGCUUAAUCAAUGUUGGUUUAACCACACUAAAAGGUUUCCCCAAAUUGCCCAAUCUGAAGAAACUCGAACUGUCCGAUAACAGAAUAUCAAAUGGCCUCAACUACUUGACAACAAGCCCCAAAUUACAAUACCUUAACCUGUCGGGCAAUAAAAUUAAGGAUCUGGAAACACUGAAACCAUUAGAGGAAUUCAAACAACUCGCCGUUUUGGAUUUGUUUAAUAACGAAGCAACACAAAUUGAGAAUUAUCGUGAGAAGAUAUUCGAAAUGCUGAAAUCUUUGAAAUUCCUGGAUGGUUUCGAUGCGAAUGAUGUGGAAGCGCCUUCAGAAGAUGAUGAUGAUGAGGUUAACGGCAACGAUGGCGAGGAUGAUGGUGAUGACGAUGGCGAUGAAGAAGACAAACAAAAAGCGUUUUGUUUAAAUGGUAUUGAAAUUGAUUUGGAUGAGUUGGAAGAGUUUGAGCAGCGUGUAAAGGCAAAGAAACAGCUGCAGGCUUCAACUGCUGCACAAAAUCAAAGUACUGUUGACGAAGUUGAUGACUUAGAUGAGUUGUUGAAGGAAAUAAAAUUGAAAGAUGCAACAACAAAUGCUAACUGUGAUAAGCUAACCACGGCAUCUGAGUGCAGAGAUGCAACGGUGGUGAAAGCAAUAGCCAGCAACCACUUAGAUGCUGAAGCAGCGAAAGCACCCCCCAUGCCUUUUGCUCUUAUACUCUAUUGGUUUUUAGCGAUACUUAAUCUGGCAAAUGCCUCUUUUUAUUCCUGUGAUGAAGAGGACUACGCCAGCAGCUCGUAUGUAUCCACAACUGACGUCUCUUUAUCGGAGGUGUAUAAUGAAGAUCUGGAGGAGGAUAACUCCGAAUGGGGUGAAGAAAAUGCAGCCGAAGAUGAAUUUGAGGACACCGAUGACGAUGAUAGCGAUGAAGAUGGCGAAGGUGAGGGGGGAAAUGCGUCUGCUAAGGGUAAAGCAGGCAAGGAAAAAUCAUCAGCCAAUUCCGCCGCUGCAAAAGCAGAAACCGCUGCAGCAAAUAAUACCGCUACCGCCGAUGGAGCUGCCGAUGGUGAGGAACCGCAGGCACGAGGAAAGAAAAGAAAGCACGACGGUUAAAAAGUGCUUUAUAAGGACGACGCAUCAUCGUAGCAUUUGUUUACAAAUAUCCAAUUAACGUUUUUCUACAAUUUUAAUUUAACAAAGAAAGAUAUAAUAACAGAAACCACAACUAAAAAAAAAAACAAAAACAAAAAACAUGUCUAUAUCAGUUUAUACAUUAAUGAAAAGCGCAAACAAAACAGCCAGCAGCAGCAACAAGUUUGAAAGAUUCAUAUAAUACAUACAAUAAAUAAUUGUAAACACAGCGUUUAUAUUAUUACAAAAACAAAAUACUAUAGAUUUUCAUGAAAUAGCAACAACCACAUACACACACUACUAUUAUUACAAACAAAAUAACAAUAACAACCAACCACAACAUGCAACAAGCAAAAACAAUUAUUAAAUAAUAUUUAUGCAUAUUAGUACAUUUUGGUGGCGCGAAAAAUUUGUAUGUAGGUAUAGAAAGCAGGAGAAAAAGAAACGGAGAAUAAAAAUGCCAAGCAAUUGAAGGGAACGCCAAUUCGAAAGACAUUCAUACAUAUUUACAUAUAUGGAAAGUGUUUUUGGCGAACAAGAACAAGCAAAGCCUGGCAAAUCAGAGUGUUAGUAAAAACAAAAGAAGAGUACAUGAUAACUAUUAUAGAAAGGAAGAAAAGUUAUUAAAAUAGUGUUUAUUUUAAGCAUGACCUAUAUAAGGAAGUAAAAACAAAAGAAAGUGAAGAAGUGAAAAAUAAGAAAAAAAUAAAACAAUUCAACGAUGGCAUGAAAAGGGAAAUUUUAUGAAGUGCAAAUUGUACAACCUCUAGUAACACCAACAACAAUAACCACACACACUGCAAAAGUAUAUAUCCUAAAAAUCAUUUAAGAAAUUGCCUAACAGCUAAGGACAAUAGUAAUUUUGCAUGUGAAGAGAAAAUGAAAUGAAAUGAAAACAGAUUAUGCUACAGAACAACAUUUUUCAGUGUCUUAGCUGUAGUUUGUUGGCAAAAUGUUAUAAAAUGCAGCAGCGCUAUUGGGUAAUUACAAAUAAAUAAAUCAAAACAAAACAAAACGCAGAAAAACAAAAAUUACCGGGUAAGACGUAACACCAGCCGGCGUAAUAAUAAUAAAAAACAAACAAAAAAAUUGUUUAUUGUUUAGUAGCAUUAAUUAGUUACUUAUACAGUAAGUUUAUUAAUAUAUGUAUACACACAUACCAACAGCAAAAUAGAGCAAUGCAUAAG